CAUAUUGCGUUUCUGUUUAUUUUGUCUCCCGUAAUGAACGUCUGAGAGACUGAUCAGCAGCGGGAAGCCUGUUUACGCAUGAGUUCAAGCCAUCAGCUUUACGCGUGAAUCAGAUCUCCGCCUGUGCAGCAGCAGCAGGAUGAAGGUAACCUUCGGCUCUCUGGUGAUCGCAGCUGGCAUGUGCGGUCUUCUGAGCUUCGCUGUUUUGGCGACUUCCCUCGCAACCGAUUACUGGUACAUCAUAGAAAUGAAUCCUAUGAACGCGAGCGACUUCGAGGACAUCAGCUCCCACUCAGGACUGUGGCGCAUCCAUGAAGGUGGGAAGAUGUACUCAGACUCUAUUGACUCCUUCACCGUGAACUACUCCAGAUACUCUGCGACGGAGCUGCGCAUGCUGAACAUGCACAGUGCAAUCGUGGUGCUGCUUCCCCUCAGCCUGGUUCUGUUGCUGUUUGGCGGCAUCUGCGGACUGGUCAGCUCUUUGGCCCGGAGCCCCGUCCUCCUCACCGGCACAGCCUCCUACUUCUUCAUCUGCAGUCUGUUAACUCUGUGCGGUGCGAGCCUCUACAUCAUCUACUCGCAGCAGGCCCUGGCUGAGACCGAGAGGCUGGUGGGGCAGGAGGGCCUGGCCUACGUUCGCACCGCCUUCGGCUGGUCUCUGGGCCUGGCCUGGGUCUCCUACGGCCUGGAGCUCCUCGCGGGAGUGCUGCUGCUAAUAGCUGCACAAAUGGUCAAGCUGCAGCACAGCAGCCCGACUAUGGCCUGAUACAAUCCUCCACAGUGGACCCACAAUGCUGAAGACAGGCUAAACUGUGUGUGUGGGCACCGGAGGAAGACCAGUCAGGUAUGUGGUUCUGCCUUAUAGGAAAUCACACACAGCUGCUGGACGUUUUUCAGGUACUGACAAGGUUGAACCGAUGCUGUGGACUGAUUUAAAGGAGUUUUUAAUAAGUCUGAAGAAGCAGAUUGAAGACUGAUGUUCUGUUAAAAUCACACCCUCUGGUGGCGUGAACUGCAGUUGCACCUGAUCAUGCUGAUUGUUAUGAUUUCAUCUGUGCCAAACGAAAUCAAAGAUAAUGUAACGUUAAAUUAAAUCUAUAGCUCACAAUACUUCACACAAACACUGUCUAGAUUUUUACAGUAUUUGCUGUUUACGGACGUCAUAAACGAGUCAU